GGUAGGUCUGAAUUUGUUUUGUUUUCAAAAAUUAAACAAAUGAUCCUUCAGCAUCAUCGCCUCCGCUGCUUUAUCAGGUCGUGUAGGGCAUGGAGCUGGAAAACUAUGAACAGCCGGUGGUUCUGAGGGAGGUCAACCGCCGCCGGCGCCGGAGGAUGAAGCCGCGCAGCUCUGCGGCCAGCCUGUCCUCCAUGGAGCUCAUCCCCAUCGAGUUCGUGCUGCCCACCAGCCAGCGCAACAGCAAGACCCCCGAAACGGCGCUGCUGCACGUGGCUGGCCACGGCAACGUGGAGCAGAUGAAGGCCCAGGUGUGGCUGCGCGCGCUGGAGACGAGCGUGGCGGCGGACUUCUACCACCGGCUCGGCCCGGACCACUUCCUCCUGCUCUACCAGAAGAAGGGGCAGUGGUACGAGAUCUACGACAAGUACCAGGUGGUGCAGACGCUGGACUGCCUGCGCUACUGGAAGAUGGUGCACAGGAGCCCGGGCCAGAUCCACGUGGUGCAGCGCUGCGCGCCCUCGGAGGAGACGCUGGCCUUCCAGCACCAGCUCACCGCCCUGAUUGGCUACGAUGUCACCGAUGUCAGCAACGUGCACGACGACGAGCUCGAGUUUACGCGCCGCCGCCUGGUCACCCCGCGCAUGGCCGAGGUGGCCGGCCGUGACCCCAAGCUCUACGCCAUGCACCCCUGGGUGACGUCCAAGCCCCUCCCGGAGUACCUGUUGAAGAAGAUUACCAACAACUGCAUCUUCAUUAUCAUUCAUCGCAGCACCACCAGCCAGACCAUCAAGGUCUCAGCUGAUGACACCCCAGGCACCAUCCUCCAGAGCUUCUUCACCAAGAUGGCCAAGAAGAAGUCUCUGAUGGAUAUCCCGGAAAGCCAAAAUGAACAGGACUUUGUGCUGCGUGUCUGUGGCCGGGAUGAGUACCUGGUGGGUGAAACGCCCAUCAAAAACUUCCAGUGGGUGAGGCAUUGCCUCAAGAAUGGGGAGGAGAUUCACCUGGUGCUUGACACGCCUCCCGACCCAGCCCUGGACCAGGUGAGGAAAGAAGAGUGGCCGCUGGUGGAUGACUGCACGGGAGUCACCGGCUACCAUGAGCAGCUAACCAUCCACGGGAAGGACCAUGAGAGUGUGUUCACUGUCUCCCUGUGGGACUGUGACCGGAAGUUCAGGGUCAAAAUCAGAGGCAUCGAUAUCCCUGUCCUGCCCCGGAACGCUGACCUGACGGUUUUUGUGGAAGCAAAUAUCCAGCAUGGGCAGCAAGUCCUUUGCCAGAGGAGAACCAGCCCCAAACCCUUCACAGAGGAGGUGCUCUGGAAUGUGUGGCUUGAGUUCAGUAUCAAAAUCAAAGACUUACCCAAAGGGGCUCUACUGAACCUCCAGAUCUACUGCGGCAAAGCUCCCGCGCUGUCUGGCAAGGCCUCUGCAGAGACUUCCAGUUCUGAGUCCAAAGGCAAAGUUCAGCUACUCUAUUAUGUGAACCUGCUGUUGAUAGACCACCGGUUCCUCCUGCGCCAUGGGGAAUACGUGCUCCACAUGUGGCAGAUAUCCGGGAAGGGAGAAGAUCAAGGGAGCUUCAAUGCUGACAAACUCACGUCUGCAACCAACCCAGACAAGGAGAACUCAAUGUCCAUCUCCAUUCUGCUGGACAAUUACUGUCACCCAAUAGCAUUGCCUAAGCAUCAGCCCACCCCUGACCCCGAAGGGGACCGGGUUCGAGCCGAAAUGCCCAACCAGCUUCGGAAGCAACUGGAGGCGAUCAUAGCCACUGAUCCACUUAACCCUCUCACAGCAGAAGACAAAGAAUUGCUGUGGCAUUUCAGAUAUGAAAGCCUUAAGCAUCCAAAAGCAUAUCCUAAGCUUUUUAGCUCAGUGAAAUGGGGACAGCAAGAAAUUGUGGCCAAAACAUAUCAGUUGUUAGCCAGAAGGGAGGUAUGGGAUCAAAGUGCUUUGGAUGUUGGGUUAACAAUGCAACUCCUGGACUGCAACUUUUCAGAUGAAAAUGUAAGAGCCAUUGCAGUUCAGAAACUGGAGAGCUUGGAGGAUGAUGAUGUUCUGCAUUACCUGCUACAGCUGGUUCAGGCUGUGAAGUUUGAACCAUACCAUGACAGUGCCCUUGUCAGAUUUCUGCUGAAGCGUGGUUUACGAAACAAAAGAAUUGGUCACUUCUUGUUUUGGUUCUUGAGAAGUGAGAUAGCCCAGUCCAGGCACUAUCAGCAGAGGUUCGCUGUGAUCCUGGAAGCCUACCUGAGGGGCUGUGGCAUGGCCAUGCUGCACGACUUUGCCCAACAAGUCCGAGUAAUUGAGAUGUUACAAAAGGUCACCAUUGACAUUAAAUCGCUCUCAGCUGAAAAGUAUGACGUCAGUUCCCAAGUUAUUUCACAACUUAAGCAAAAGCUUGAAAACCUACAGAAUUUGAAUCUCCCCAAAAGCUUUAGGGUUCCAUAUGACCCUGGGCUGAAGGCAGGAGCACUGGUGAUUGAAAAAUGUAAAGUGAUGGCCUCCAAGAAAAAGCCCCUGUGGCUUGAGUUUAAAUGUGCCGACCCUACAGCUCUAUCAAAUGAAACAAUUGGAAUUAUCUUUAAACAUGGUGAUGAUCUGCGCCAAGACAUGCUUAUUUUACAGAUUCUACGAAUCAUGGAGUCUAUUUGGGAGACUGAAUCCUUGGAUCUGUGCCUCCUGCCAUAUGGUUGCAUUUCAACUGGUGACAAAAUAGGAAUGAUCGAGAUCGUGAAAGAUGCCACAACAAUUGCCAAAAUUCAGCAAAGCACAGUGGGCAACACAGGAGCAUUUAAAGACGAAGUCCUGAAUCACUGGCUCAAGGAAAAAUGCCCUCUUGAAGAAAAGUUUCAGGCAGCAGUGGAGAGAUUUGUUUAUUCCUGUGCUGGCUACUGUGUGGCAACCUUUGUUCUUGGAAUAGGCGACAGGCACAAUGACAAUAUUAUGAUCACAGAGAUGGGAAAUCUAUUUCAUAUUGACUUUGGGCACAUUCUUGGGAAUUACAAAAGUUUCCUGGGCAUUAAUAAAGAGAGAGUGCCAUUUGUGCUAACCCCAGACUUCCUGUUUGUGAUGGGAACUUCUGGAAAGAAGACAAGCCUACACUUCCAGAAAUUUCAGGAUGUCUGCGUGAAGGCUUAUCUAGCCCUUCGGCAUCACACAAACCUACUGAUCAUCCUGUUCUCCAUGAUGCUGAUGACGGGAAUGCCCCAGUUAACCAGCAAAGAAGACAUUGAAUAUAUUCGGGAUGCCCUAACAGUGGGGAAGAAUGAGGAGGAUGCUAAAAAGUAUUUUCUUGAUCAGAUUGAAGUUUGCAGAGACAAAGGAUGGACUGUGCAGUUUAACUGGUUCCUACAUCUUGUUCUUGGCAUCAAACAAGGAGAGAAACAUUCAGCUUAAUACUUUGAGCUAGAAUUAAAAACUAGGCAGUGUUCUCAAGCUUUAAAUCAGCAUGUCAGUCAUUGACCUUGCAUUUAAAAUGUAAAGGGACAUUACGAAAGCUGGCACUUCCGAAAUACGGCUCUCUUCCUAGCUGAACCCCUCACUGGAGAAAAAUGUUGGCGUGGCUGACUGUUUCAGUAAUGUUCAGUUCUAGGUCUAUUUGCAGGUGUGUUUUUUCUCCUUUGUCUCAGUGAUGUUGGAGAACAUUCCAAGUUUAAACAGACUGAUUACUUCCUCAUUGUGCCUGACGUUUUGACUAUCUUCAUAUUGACUACUUUUGGAAAUUCUUUAAAAUAAUUGGUGAAGAAUUAUUGGUAGAAUAAUCUAUUUUCAUUUGGGUUUACUCUGAAUUUUGGUUAUCCUUGUGUUCCUCAAGCUCUUUACAGGAAAAGAUGUAAUCAUUGUAACCUGUGUCUCCUUCCUGAGGUGAUGCUUCCAAACAUCCUCUCCGUGUCUGCCGACGUUAGUGAUGUGCUAAAAGCCAGGAAAGCAAGUCAGUCUUUUCAGUGUCUUCUGUAAUUAGGUUCUUUUACAGUAUACAACUGAGACACACAAACACAAAAUGGAAAAUCUGAACCUUUGUGGCCAUAACCCUGGCCCUUCUCUGCUGGUCUGGUUCCAGGGUUAUGAAUAGGAAAAAUAGAGAUGAGACCAUUUGUCUCAACUCUGCCCACAGAGGGAAUUAUCAAGUACAAUUAUUAUAACCUUCUCCAGCAUAGAAACUACUGUAACUAAAGGGACUCAGUUUCUUCCUCUACAUUGUCUUCCUUUCUCCUGGCUUCCCUUCUUCCUCCAUUGCCACCCUCCCACAACUCUUUAUCCAGAGUUGUGAAAUCUUCAAGAACAUCUUUACCCUGGAAUUCAAAAGUUAAUUGAAAAAGAAUUUCUCCUCUAGGGUUACUAGAAUUUUAGGUACUUACUUGUAAAAAUGGGGUGCAGUUUUUUAAAAGUAUAUUAUUAAAGGAGACAUUCUAGAAAAUAUGGAUUAGUUUCCAAAUGCCUUAAUUUUAAAUUUUGGUCUGAGCAGCUUUUUCUUUCUUUUUUAACAGAAGAAGAUAUUUGAUAUCUAAAAAGUGCUCCAAGUUAGGAAGAACACUACUUGCCUUAUCCAGCUCUAGUUUAAAGGACUUUUCAACUUCAAUACAUUCUUCAGAUUUCCUAAAAAUAAUUGAAAUGUCUUGUUCAAAAACUAUUUUUAUCUCUUAAAUAUUUUGCUAUUUAUUGGAAGUAUUGUUUAACCUUAGAGAAAGAUCGUUAAAUUAUUUAUAAAAUAUUUUAAAAUUACCUAUAGUUAAUACUUUACAUAGAAAUAACUGUUAAUGGUGUCUAUGUUUAAGUAUAAUCAGAUUAAAAUUUAUGUUUAAUUUUUAAGUUUUCUAAAUAGAUACUUGUUUGACUUUGCUAUAGCCCAAAACUUUCCUUUUGUGGAUGCAAAAGCCCAGUGCUUCUUAAACCUGGCUGCAAAUAAGAAUCAUCAGGGAUGCUCUAAAAAGUACCCUGCCUGAGCACCAACGUCAGGGUACAACUUUAGUUUGGGAUGAGGCACAGACAGCAUUAUUUUUCUAAGUACUCUAGGUGAUUGUAAUAUGCAGCCCGGGUUAGAAAGCCCUGCAUGGGCUUUGAAGGUGCAGGAACCAUGCUUCCUUGCCUUUCCCUGGCUCAUAAGGUAUCUAGAAAGAACUGCUCUUCCUUGACAGCUCAUCUUUUUAAAAUCACGCUCUAUCCCCCUGUACAGAGGACCAUGCCCUGUCAUGAAAUGUUUAUUCCUCUGUGUUAAUGCAGGAUAGAUGGUUUUAUGGCAUUUUUAGACCAACUGUUCCCUACCAUUCUUUUGAAAAAGAGCAGGAAGAAUGAUGCUAAUUCAGAAGAGGAUGUUUUCAUUAUUCUUUUAAAGACUAGCCAAGCUCAGACCUUGCACAGAUUUCACUUUUUAUUUGAGUUGCUGGAACAAUCAUCUUAAUGACAGAAUUACAGAGGAAUGUAUUUAUAUUUAGCUUACUGGCACAUGUGCAUACAUAUUUGCUCUUCAAAUGAAUAAGUUCUUACAUUAUGAUGAAUAUAUAUAUUGGGCUUGAUUCUUCCAUAUUCCAAUGAAGGUAUAGACUUGCAGAUAAACAAAAAUCAUCCUUGUGUGCUUCCUUCCUUUAUUGUUCCCAGUGAAUCACAUGACCCACAACUUUCAUAUCUUUGAAAAUAUUCUAGAACUAGGAUCAUCUUGCUGUUGGGAGGAGAUGCUGGGAACUACCCACAAUUCUAUUUUCAAUGCCAAAUGAAAUCAGAGAUCACAAGUCAAAUGACUCAUGUGUCCAGGACUGGCUACAUAAUUUGCAGAGCCAAGGGCAAAAUGAAAAUGCUGAGCCUGUCAUUCAAAAAUUAUUAAGAAUUUCGUGAUGGCAACAGCAGAGCAUUAAACCAAGCACGGGGCCCUUCCGGCAUGGGUCACUGCACAGGUCACAAGCCCUUGAAGCUGGCACUGUGUGUAUCUGACUAAUGGCUUUGGUGCUCAGUUUUACAUUUGGACCAUUUCUGUAUGAGUGUAGAUAAAGUGCCCAGAUCAAAAUGUUGCUUUUAUUCAAAUUGAAAUACCUCAUCUGAAUGGCUGUACGUUAGGACCUCAAACACUGCCUCAUUGCUUUUGGACUAGAACCAUGGCCACUAAAACAAAGCAGGUAUUUUAGACCUGGUCCCAUAUGACUGCAUUUGACUGGCUUUGGUGAUACUCUGAUGAAAGUAGGGGGAAGUAGAGAUAUGAUAGAUAAAAUAUAUCAACUCCUAGAGAGAACACUUGAAUUUUAAAAAAUUUUUAUUAAAUAUAUCUUUUAAAAAAGAUUAAUUAUUUUUUUAAAAGAGGUUAGAUAUAGGAAUGCUGCAGCUUAAUUUGGAAGCUGUUAGUCUUAUAUAAAUGGAAAUUAAUUAUUUUUUGAAAUGAGUCCAAAAAAUAAUUUAGAAGGUAAGUUUCUGGAGCAAAUUCCGGUUAUUUGGUAUUAUUUGGUAAGCUAGGCUCUAUUUGCCAAGAUUAUGAAAUAAAUUGUCAAUUAUAUUUUACAAUAUGAAAAAAAAUAAAAUAAAUUUGGAUUUUUAAAGGUUCUGCUGUCUUAUUUUCUGUUUAAUCCAACCUAAUAAUUCUGGUCAAUAAAUUUGGUUCUAGUCUGGGUGCUUGUCUGCAUAUUCUCAAAGACUCAUUUUCAGGACAGGUGCUGGGGGAACCUAAAGCACAUACCCAUUCAGAAAGCUGAGAUAGUCCCUCUUCUGGACCGUCCAGUUCUCCCCACUUGCAUUUGUAUUUUAAUUACAAAUUGUUGUAUGU